GUAGAUGUUGGUGUUUCAGAGAAGAAGAGCUCAGCCAUUUUAGAAAACACAGCUCUGUGGGACAGCAUGGCUGUGGAUAUGAGAUUACCCACUGCCCGAAAACUCAUCUCCCUGCCCGGCUCUCUGUCUAACGCUGAGGGUAAACACCUGGUGGUCCCGGGAGAUGUGAUCACAUCUGAUACAGGGUUUAUGAGGGGUCAUGGAACCUACAUGGAUGAUGAGAAGCUCACAGCCUCAGUGGCUGGGGAGGUUGAACGUGUCAACAAGCUGAUCUGUGUGAAGCCACUGAAGACACGGUUCAAUGGUGAAGUUGGUGAUGUGGUGGUUGGCAGGAUAACAGAGGUUCAGCAGAAACGUUGGAAAGUGGAGACCAACUCUCGGUUGGACUCUGUAUUGCUUCUGUCCUCAGUAAAUCUUCCAGGAGGAGAGUUGAGGAGGCGAUCAGCAGAAGAUGAGCUCACCAUGAGAGAUUAUCUUCAAGAAGGGGACCUCAUCAGUGCAGAGGUACAGUCCGUCUUUUCAGAUGGAGCUCUUUCGCUUCACACCCGCAGCUUGAAGUAUGGCAAGUUGGGACAGGGUGUACUGGUGCAAGUAUCACCAUCUCUUGUGAAGAGACAGAAAACCCAUUUCCACAAUCUGCCCUGUGGAGCUUCCAUAAUCCUGGGGAACAAUGGCUUCCUUUGGCUGUACCCUACACCAGGGCAUCAAGAUGAAGAGGCAGGAGGAUACUACACAAGCCUGGAGCCUGUUGCUCUAUCAGAUCGCGAGGUCAUUUCGAGACUGAGGAACUGUUUGCUGGCCCUGGCAGCUCACAAAGUGCUUCUGUAUGAUACCAGCGUUCUCUAUUGCUAUGAAUCCUCCCUCUCCCAUCAGAUCAAGGAUAUCUUGAAACCAGAGACUAUGGAUGAAAUUGUGAUGGAGACACGACAGCGACUUCUUGAUCAGGAGGGUUAAAGUGCUGGUUGAAAGCUAUAUAAACACGAGCACAGGGAGCAGCUGAUUUGAGGCAGAUAAUGGUCAUCAAAUUCCAGGAGAUCCACAGUCCUGCAGCAUUCACACAUUACUUUUUUUUUUUUUACAGACUGUUAAAGGCCCAGAAACUAAGGAAAUAUUUAAUAUGUUAAUUUGUGUAAAAUGUUUUGAUACUGUUUAAACAUUUUGUAUGAAAAGCUUUGAUCUUUGUUUAAUAAAAAGUGCAGUGGUUUUA